GCUCGUCUCAACUUCACCAUUAUCCCCAAGAGAACUACACGAUGUCUUCAAUUCAGCAGUGGACGACGUCCCUUCAAGGCUUGGAUAGCCUCCAAUCAGUUGAAGCUCCCAAGCCCACCGCAGGUCCUGGCGAGGUACUUGUGCGCAUUUCCGCCGUGUCACUUAACUACCGCGACUAUGAAGUUUGCUGCGGACUAUAUGGCCACCACAAAUCCGUCAGCCAGGACAAGGCAUCACUCGUACCAUGCUCGGAUAUGUGCGGAGAAAUUGUUGAGGUAGGGGAAGGUGUGACAGGUUGGCAGAAGGGCGACAGGGUACUCUCGACUUUCCUCCCUGACCACCAGACUGGCCAGGUCGUUGAGAAGAUGAUGGCCAGUGGUCUUGGUCUUCCCCAACCCGGGGUCUUGGCGGAGUAUCGUGCGUUUCCCGCCCACGGUCUCGUCCGGGCACCGAGCUACCUCUCCGAUGAAGAGGCGGCCACUCUUCCCAUCGCGGCGGUGACGGCUUGGAUGUCAAUCAACGGUAUGCGCCCUAAGGGUCAGAAUGGCGGCGAGGGGGAGUAUAUCCUUCUUCAAGGGACUGGCGGAGUAUCUGUUUCGGGUUUGCAGAUUGCCAAAGCUUCAGGAGCAAAGACAAUCAUCACCUCGUCGUCGGACGACAAGCUGAAGCAGGCUAAGGAGCUCGGCGCCGACUACACGAUCAACUACCGCAAGACUCCUAACUGGGAGGAAGAAGUAUUAAAGCUGACUGACAACCACGGAGCUGAUAUUAUUAUUGAGGUCGGUGGUGCGGGUACAUUGAAGAAGAGCUUUAACUGCAUUGCCUGGGGCGGCCUCAUCGACUGUGUGGGAUACCUGAGCGGGAAGGUUGACGCCCCCGAGGACCGAACGAAUGUGAAUCUCCUCGCUCUAUCUCGCAAUGUGACGCUAAAGGGUAUCAUCAACGGUCCCAAGGACCGGUUCGAGGAGAUGAUUGCUUUCUACGAGAAGCACAGCAUCAAGCCAGUAGUGAACAAGGUUUUCUCCUUCAAGGAUGCCCCAGAAGCCUUCAAGUACUUGGCGAAUGGACAGCACUUUGGGAAGAUUGUCAUCAAGAUUGCAUAG